CUACUAAUCACAUAUCUGAGUCACUGCUACUUUAAUACGCACACAAAAAUUUGUUAGAAAUCAUGAAGGAAGUGAUUAAAAACUAAAAGAAAUUUCCAAAUUUAUUAAAUGUUUUCUCCAAGCGUGUGGCUAACUUAAGCAACUGUUAAAUAUUUCAUGCAGAACGAAGAAAUUGUGUGCAAAGUAGACAAAUGUUACGUGAAAAGUACCUAGCAAAGCAGCAGCGUGAACCGGAUUAACAUAAUUUUUGAUUUUCGUUGUGUGCAUUUUCGUUUAAUUUUUUAUUUUCGCAAGAACGAAACAGUAUUAAGCGUUAAAGUUUUAGCUAAUUAUAAAAGGUGUGUAUUAAUUUUACAACUACGCGAAAACAUUUCAGCAAUUUAUUUACGUCUGUGCAGUGCGCAAAUUUCGUGCGAACCGCAGUGAAAGAGUUUGAAAGCAAAAACAAAGAAAGUGCUUGAAAUUGAACUAAGAUGAUAGUAAUUUCCGGCGUGGAAUCGUAUUCAUUAAAUGGAACCGUUGAGUUAACGACUGUAUUGGGUGCGCUUUUUGGCGUCAUCACUUUGAUGUUUUUAUUUUUCCUUUACGUACAUCGCAAAUGGUGUUUUCAUGCUCGACACGGUCUAAAUUGUUGCGAUGAGAAGAUAAACGCAUUCAAAUACACGCAAAAAAUGUCACGCAAACGCCGUUAUGAUAAUACCAGCUCAGAUUCUGAGGAAGAUAUAUUGCGCCGCUUACGCUUGCAGCAGUCACGUAAUUUGUCAACGAACGGUAAUUUCAAUAGCUACGGUGUGCACCAGCAGUCAUCGUAUCUGCCACCGUCACCGCCAAAUCCCCAACAAAGCUUCAAUUAUACACCGAACGAAUUGCAGCGCGUUACGAUAACGCCACGCUUCGAUCCGGCGCGAGAUCCUUUGGCCAUAGCCGAGCGUGGUAAAGUCGGUAUUCCGUCCUCGCAUAGUGAGUGCAGUUCGAAUGACUCGGAGAAGGCCUCGGUCGACAGUCAUACGGGUAUUUUGACCGGUGACAGAAAAGAACGUCUUCAAAGCAAUGGCGGCACGAAUAAAUCGAGUGAAUGCAGCGCUUCAUCUUCGCUGAAGGAGUCGCGUAUCGAUAAUCGUGCGGAUUUGCCAAAAACCAGCAGUAAUAGCAGUAGCGGCAGAUAUCAGAAGAUAUCGACGACGUCUGCGCGUCAAGACAGUUUAGAUGAUGUGCCUGAUUUGCAUAGCAAUAAUAAUAAUAUUCAUAACAGCAGUAAUAAUAAUAACGAAGAUGAACCACUUUUCGACACCAGCGAUUUGCGUUCCAUCAAAUCGGACGACACUUCGGUGCAGAAUCAGUUCUAUGGUAAAAGUGGCAGUAUCGAAAUCUCUUUGCUGUACGAUGCACCAAUGCGUAAGAUGACUGUGCACGUGAUGCAAGCCCGCGGUCUACCCACUUUGGGCAAUGGACAGACAACGCAUACGCAGGUCCGUCUUCUUAUGUUGCCAAAUAAGAAGCAAAAGCAUAAGACUAAAAUACGCUCGGGCGAGAAUCCACAAUAUAUGGAGAGUUUUCUGUUACAUCGAGUCAAUCCAGAGGAGGUUAAUAACAUGGGUCUGCGUGUACGAAUAUACGGUUGCGAACGUUUACGGAAAGAACGACUAAUCGGCGAGGCGUAUGUUAGUUUCGCCACAAUAGAUUUACAGUUGGAGACGAAUUUGUGGCUACCAUUGGAGCCAAGGAGUACGGCUUCUGUCUUGGGUUCAAAUAGUGAUUUGUUAAGUUUGGCGCGAUCAGAUAGUGCCGGUUCGACCACAUCGAUGCAACACGGUGGUGUGCCGGAACUACUCUUAGGUUUAGGUUAUAACGGCGUCACAGGACGUUUGACAGUGGAAAUUGUCAAGGGUAGUCAUUUUCGUAGUUUAUCAAUGAAUAAGGCGCCCGACACGUAUGUUAAGCUGUGCUUAGUUAGUAGUAUAGGGCAAGAGAUAUCGCGAGCGAAAACAUCAACGAGACGCGGCCAACCACAUCCGCUCUUUAAGGAGACCUUCGUCUUUCAAGUGGCACUUUUCCAGUUGAACGAUGUGACGCUUAUGGUUUCCGUUUAUGCGAAACGUAAUAUGAAAAAGAAUGAAAUGGUCGGCUGGUUUAGUAUGGGUCUAAACUCGUCCGGACCAGAAGAGGUAGCGCACUGGGCGGAUGUACGCGACUUAGCCAAGGGUGAGCUAUUAGCACGAUGGCAUGUGCUAGUGGAUUCCUGAUUCGAGCAGUUGGGACAAUCUUCUCGUCGCGGCAGCGCCUUAGGAAUAUUAGGCUUUGCGACGAAGGAUAAGUCCAAAUCGAAGAAGUUGAAGGAGGAGGUGGAGGAAGUCGAGGUGAACCGUGAUAUUGGUAAUGUGCCGGACAAAGCGGUUGCCGUCAACAUUGAGGCUGGCUUAGAGCUCGACUUUGUUUAGAGAAUUGGGUAUAACCAAGCAACAUUUUUGUAAUGUAAACCACACGACGGAAAUUUUUUGUGUGUUUACGAAACAUAAAACAUAACCAAAUGAAAAUUUCUAUAGCAAAGGUAGUUUUCUGUAAAUACUGUUGCAGAAAAUGACAAAGCUAAAACGAGUAUUGUCACUUUAAAUUCCAAAUAAGGAAAGAAUAAAAAAAAACGUGAAUAAAUCAAAUAAAAAGGAAAAUACUCCAUAUUUAAGUAAAAUAUUACACUUUACUAGUAAACAAAUUACGCACAUUAAAUAUUUUGGUAGCGAAGUAAUAAUACUAAACGAGUACAAGAGACAUUAGAUAAGAGAUUGGUAACCUGAUAAAACUGGAAUUUCAUACAAAUAAUGCUCUAUGGUAAAUAAGAAACCUGUUAAUGAACUGAAUAAGAGAAUUUGUUGUUUUGUAAGGAUCUAAAUAUCUGGAUCAGCAUUGCCGUUGAUUGAUUCAGAAUAAUGUAUAUGAAAUUUUGUGAUAUGCGAAUGAGUAUUUAUUGAGAAAAUCAAAUGUAUUUGCUAAAAUAUUAUUAACAAUAUUUGGAUAUAGAGGCGAAGAAAUUUACUAGGGAUUUUUGGUGCAGCAACAAUUCAGCAGUUUGCUUAACUUGCUCUUACGAAGAAAAUAAGCUGACAACUUUAUGAAAUUUCACUUUUUUUUUUUUAAGUUUAAGCAGCGAUAUUUCGAUUAAUUGCAAAUUCUGAAAUUUUUUGUAACGAACUCUAUGAGUUGUAUGUUCUUGCAAUUUAAUAUGUGGUAUUAUUAUAUACAUGUAAUUAAACCAAAAAAUCACAAAAUUUAUCAUAUCAAACAAAAAUUAUAACUGAAUUAUUAAAUCGAUCGAUAAGCUUUUUAAUUCUUUUUUUUUAUUACAUAUAUUUUACUACACUUAUGAAUCGUGGUAAAUAUAAUUUCAAAUGCCUUAAAAAUGCUCGAACUGCUUUUAAUAAAAUUUAAAACUAAAUUUAAUAUUAUAAGGGAAUUUACUUCGCUUAUUUUAACUGCAUGCAACCUAUUUCGUUGAAAUUUUAUUCUUGCUAUAUUUGAUUUUUCAGAUUUAAAAAAAUAUUAACAAAUUCAAAAGAAAUUCAGAAUACAAAAAUUCUGACUUGAGAGGGGAGGGACAGCCUAAAUCAGGCGAUUUUUGAGAUUAAAAAUAAAGUACUAUACUAAACUAAUAAAAACUUACGGUUUAAGCGUAUAUUUAUACAUAUUUUAAGAAUACAAAUAUUUUUCAAAAUACGCGCGAUUCCCGACGGCGCCAAAAAAAGGUGUUCCACUGCUGCAGUAACAAUAUAAUAACAAUCCGUUACUAGAAGAUAUUAUCUAUAUAAUGUUCUACGAAAGACAAAAAUUAAUAAAAAUGCGUCGUUAAAAAAAAACAAGUUUUUAAAAUUGAAUUAUAGACAAAAUUUAUCUGUUUUUGGCCUGCCAAACUUCUAAUUUUGGUAAAAUCAAACAACUGGCAGGCCAUUGUAUGGAGAAACUAUAUACAAAAUUUGGCAAAAAGUUAAUAGUGUUCGGAUCAAUUGACUCCGAGUAAUCACUGCAGCAAAUUCGAAAAACAGCGGUUUCAAGAAAAUGCGUUUUAAGAUAAACUGAUUGCCUACAUUGACUAUUGACGGCUACACUUGAAAAGGUUGUAACUCAAAAAGUAUUGGAAUUAUUAAUUUAAAAUUUUAGUUAUUUUUGAAGAUAAACUAUUUUAGUAUUUUUGAAGAUUUUAUUUUUAGGCUAGGUAUUAAUUCAUUUAUCUGCUUUAACACUAGCGGUAAAAAAAAAAUUUCACAAUUAGUGUCGAACUCAAAAUGGCAAUAGAAAAGUCUAGAUCACUUGAUAAUAUCGUUUGGUUGAGGAUUAAACUCUAACUAUCAGAGUUCUCUCUCGAAGUUUUGAAAAUCUCUUACAAAUCAUAAGAGAUAUUUUUUUACAAGAAAGAAAAGAAAAAUAUUUAAGCGUGGGUUGCAUGAAGUUUAAAGCUGAAAGUGAAGUUAUGUUAAUAUUAAUUUCGCAGCUUUGCAAUAGCCACUGCACACUAAUGUGGUAAAUUUUUUUCGAGUGCUUGUUUGGCACACAAUUAAAAAAUGUAUAUACUCGUAUUUGUGAAGGACAGUUACAAGUAAUGGUAGGUAAUGAGAAUGAGAAUUUUUAAUCAAAAUGAAAGGCAUAAAUUCGUUAAAUAAAGUAUUUACUAACUAGCUAAAGAACUUUACUCAUAUGCAUACAUAUAUGCACUAACUGAAAUAUAAAAGCGUUUGUGUGCAAAUUUGAAAUAGUCAAAAACCAAAAACAGAAGAAAAUUUAAAAGAUAUGAGAAUUUAUACAUAAAAAGAAAAACUUAAACAUCCUUAGCUAACUUUGUUAUUUCUAACUAAAUUUUUUUUUUAUAUAAUAAUGCAUUACAAAGUAAAAAUUAAGGGAAAUAUAAUAAAAAUGUUAGCUUAAUAUAUCUAUUUUA